AUGGAGGAAGCGAAAGAAAACAGUGGAUUGCUACUUAGGAUGAAGAACAAUACAGAAAUCAGAGAGAAUCAGAAUAAGAAUACGAACCAAAAUCAAUCAUCAGAAGAAAUUGAAGAAAGUCAAGUCGAUUUGGAACAGAUUUGCAGAGAUAUUUCAAUAGAAACGAUUUUAACCCAUGAUGAUUCAUCAACGAUAGAAAUUGACGAAGAAGAAGUACCCAAAAAUUACGACGGGCUCGAAAUGCCGCAGCAAAAACGACCAAAGACUCUUGAAACCGAGGCCCCGCCUUACGACUAA